GCCAGUCGCUCCGACGAGAGAGUGCCGAACGUACACGCUUGCGCCGCCGAUAGCGAACUAAGGCCGCGCGCGCAUCGCGCAGUGCACUCCUGCACCGUUCCAAAUUCAAAAAGUAGUGUUGUGAUUCCAAUUUAAAUUAGUUAGUAAAAAAAUAAACAGUGCUGUGCCAGUGUUUUGACGAUUCCCCCUGAUCAGUGCAUGGAGAUUGUGAGAAUUUUUCUCGUUAUUUGACACACAUAUGACGUGAAUAACGGUGCGGAGAUCCGACGGUCGAUCGACUCGCUAAAAUCAAAGUGCUAGUGUUUCAUCUGAACAGUGUACCGGAAUUUUACGGACUUGCCUAAGCAAAGAUUUUCUGGACGCGAGAGAAGCCAUCGCUUGUGACUCAGAGCGAUGUCACGGUGGAAGGGAAUAGUGAGGUAGCCGACAGAUGGCAGCAGCGGGUGCGAUGUUCCGCCCCGGGGGCACGCUAGACCCCUACGGUACUCAACGGAUAUAUGAUACAACAGACAACACACGCCCGAAAAAAUGGUCAUCAAAAUUGAAACUCAACACAUCGGGAAGUACGAAGUCAUCAGAAAAAUCUCCGGAGAGUCCGUACAUGUACGGGACCAUCGGGCCUGGCGGUUCAGCGCUAUCGAAAUCGAUGAAAUAUGCUGAGACUUGGCUCUACGGUUCCGUCCGGACCCAAACUCCACCUAUCAGACCGAGCGUCUUCUCAGCCUAUCCUGAAGUAACUGGUCCUGUCCUAAUCAGCACUCCUCAGAAGCCACAACCACACAACUAUGCUGUUAUUUUAUGUUCCUGUCCUGAGUACCUUAACGGUACCAAGAAAACCAGUUCUACCAAAGUCAGUAUAUGUAAGAAAUGCAAAGGAUCUCGCCUGCCAUUGACUAUUGCUGACAGCCCGCGACUAUUAGUAGGUGGCACAGUCCGUGGACCCCAAGUAAGUCGAGAUGCUGGCAUACUCAGGGCAGGAACAGUUAGAGUCCAAAGUUCAAAGUCACGACCUUCUAUCCUUAAACCAAACGGGGAAGCCGACCCCUAUGAUUUAAUGAGAAGAAGCAGAUUAGCACCACCUCAUGAAGCUCGAAUUGGUAGUCAGUUUUCAACAUCGCGGUCGAGGGCAAAAAGCAUUAGUCCAUGUCGAAUGAAAAGUAAGAGACCAAGCCCAGAAACUCUACGAAAAAGUAGAAGUAAGUCUGUGAGUAGAGUAAAUGAAAUAUGGGUUGAGGAGGAAGAAAGUCCGAGUGAAUCGAAAAAGUCUAUAUUAUCGUGUGACAUUAAUCCAUAUGAUUUAGUGAAGACAGGUGGCAGUUUGAAAUCCAUGGCAGAAAUCGAGUUUGAUGAUGAUUAUGGAGAUAUUUUUCAAACAUCUUUGAAAUACAGUAAUGGCAGACAAAUGUCUAAGUCAAAAUCAGAUUCAAAUGUAAAAGCUAUAAAUGGACAACGAAUCAGAAUUUCAGAUGAAGCUAACUCAUGCACUGUUGAAGAAGUUACAGUGUAUGACCCAGUUGACUAUGAUCUCAAAAAAUAUGAACAAAAAUCAAAAGAUAGUUCUCCGGCUCUAUCUUUACCAAAUAUAAAGAAUGAAAGUAAAAAAUCGCUCUCACUAGGUAAGAAUACAGGUAAAAAAAUAUUAAGUAUAGCUACAUCAAAUCGUACAAAGCAAAAAAGCGUUUCUCCAAAACGCCCACCAAGAAGAAUAAGAAAUGUUAAUAAAAUUGAUGACGACAGUGAAAGUGAUAAUCAACGUUUACCAGAAAAAAGUUUUAAUAAAAGGAAUGAAAACUCUCGUAGCUACAAAUAUAAAAAUCAAAAUACAGAUACCAUAAAAUCUAUUCUCAAGAAACCAAGAAAUUAUAACUUAAAUGAUUCAUUGCCAAAAGCAGAAACAUCAGAUGACUCGUUUGAAUCCAAACGUGUUAAUUCUUCUCAGUUUUAUUUACCUAAACCAAAAGACAAAAUUACUUCACAAAAUGUAUACCAACGUAAGCGUGUGCAGUUUCUUGUAGAAAAAGAAGAAACUAGAAUUAUUUAUACUGCAGAACUUAAUUUGGAACAAAAAACUGUAACCCAGUUUACUAGUGAUAUCAAUGUUGAAGGGGAGGAAGAGGUUACGGCUCAAGGAGAUGUUGUAAGUAAUAGCCUGAUACAAACAAACAAAAACGAUUUAGCAGAGCUUAUAAACCAAGAAAUUCAACCUGAUUUUGGUAUUUACGAAGAUGUCCAAACAGAGAGUGCAGUUGACGACAACAUUCAAACUGCUUCUGAAAACAGCGGUGCUACUAAUAACACAGACGAUUCCAUUAUUAACACAGAUAAUGAUAUACCAAAAAUACCAGUAGUAUUACGUCGAUCUGAGUCCGAGCGCGUAACUUCAACUAUUACAAUUUCUCCUCCAAAGUUUUUAGAUACCAUGGCUUUACGGCCUAAGCCUAAACACGGUCAUACUAGCCAGGUGUUUUUAACAACUAAUCCUGAAAUAGAAUCAUACGAAGUUGUAACACAUCCGCAAGAAGAAACUGAAAAACAGAGCGAAUUACCUAGACAAGAAAUCAAAAAUUCUAUGGAAAUAUAUUGUCAAACCAACAUUGAAUCGGGAAAUUUAAGUGAUAGCAGUGAUAUAACUAGAACAAUUUUAAAAGAUUUACGUCGAGGUAUCAUAGAAUCUCCUGAACCACCCCCAAGACUAAAAUCAAAAGAACGAUCAAAGUCAAAGAAACACAAUUAUAUGAAAACUCGCUUUGUCCGUAAUAAUUCAACUAGUUCUACUAGUGAUGAGUGGUCAGAUGCAAAUGAUUAUGAACAAAAAACUGUUCUAAGAGUUAAGCAGUUUGAUUCAGAUGAAGCAGAAGAAGCGAAAGGACAUAGUGCAAUGAAAUUUAUAGAGAGUGAACCCAGAAAAACAUCAAUACAAAUAAAUGGAAAUGAGUGCUAUUCUACAAUGAAUGUCAGCAAUGACACACCUAUUUAUUUGUCAUCUGUUGUGGUUAAUGAUGAUUAUGGAAACACUUGUAGCACAUACCAAACAGGUACUACAGUAACUAUAAGUGUAGGGACAUCUCAAAAUGAGGUAAAGAAAUCGAAAAGUCAGAUUUAUAUAGGCGCAGUGCUCUCAGAAAAAGAGAAAAUUGAUGAUUUGAACAACUACGAAGAGUAUUGCAAUGAAAAUAACAAAUCAAAUAUCAAAAAUAGCUCUGCAGAUAUGUUGUCCAUCUUGGGCAAUCCUGUAGAAGCAGUGAGGCUCAAUUUAGUUCCACAUGUUUGUGGCAAGAAAGAUGAACAAAUUGUUAAUAAUCUAGAAUCGAAAACAACAAACAAUAAUGAAAACUCAAAAGGAGACAAAAGUAAUUUUGUUACUAAGCUUUUUGAUGAUCCAUUCUUUGGUCACUUAGCAGAAGGCCUAGAAGCAGAUUUGGUCAAAAGGUUAAUAGAAAAUUCUCUAAUAAAACUUCAAGAAACAAAACAUCAAGGAACAGAAGAUAACAGUAAUGAAAUGGAAAAACUAAUAGAAACAUCUUUGAAAAAUUUGAAGGCAGAAAUGAAGAAAAAUGAGAACACGAAGAAUGAUACUCAAAUCAAUAAUGAAACUAGCAUGGAAAAUAGCGAGAUUAAUAAUGAAGAAGGCGCAAACAGCAAUAUAGCUCAAGACAACGAUGAUAAUGUCUGCUCUGCUCCCUAUGAAAGUAUGGAGUAUGAGAGUGGGGCUAUGGGAAUAUUUUCAGACCUCGAACCAAUGUCAGAUUGUUACAAUGCAUCGGCAAGUGAGUUGUCUACAGAAGAUGACACAAAUUCUACAAGAUCAAAGUUUUAUCAGAUGUUGGUUGAUGCUGCUUUAUGUGAUAUAGAAAUAGCAAAUAACACCGAUGAUGAUCAUCAUUACGAAUCGAUUAGACUCAAUACAGAUCCCAUUUAUGAAGAAAUAGGUGAUAUGCCACCACCGUUGCCAUCAAAUCCCCCGCCAAAUUCUUUGUUAAUCCUAGACGAUGACAAACGUAGUGGUUCCCGUUCAAUAUUUGAAGGUGCUUCAAAAUAUGAUAUUUUAUCAUAUUUAGUAGAUGCCAAAGAAAGAGGUAUUGAUGACGAAGAAACCUAUAUCACAAGUUAUGUUAAUGGCAACGAUUCAUCAAAUUUAUUAGACACAUCGAAAGACAAAAGUAUCUCUACAGUAAUAAAUACACAUCUUAGUAGUAACACGAGCCAACUAUCAAAUGCUUCUGAUUCUAGUGAGGAUAAUUCUCUUAUUAUUAAUCACGACUCAUUAGAAAAGUCUGUAGUAUGUAAGAAAACAUCUGCUGAAAUUGAAAGAAAUGAUUCUGGCGUUGGUUCAGAAACAAGCAAAUCUUCAAGAAGCAGAUUGCAAGGAAAGAGCUCACCUUGUGGAAUGAUACUUGAUAAAGAUACACCUAUCCAUCUUUGUGAAGACUGCGACUCAGCUGUUGAAACACAAGUUACAGAUCAAGGUACGAUAUUUGCUCCAUUGGUAUGCAGAAAGUGUGCAAAAAAGAGAGCAGAAAGAAAGGAAAUUAUCACGGAAAUCGUUGAGACAGAAGAAAAAUAUGGUAGAGAUUUGCAAAUAAUUCUGGAAGAAUUUUAUAAGCCUAUGUUGGUGGCUGGACUGUUGACUCAAGAGCAAUUGAGUGCAAUAUUUUUGAACGUUGAAGAAUUGAUUGAAAAUAACCAAGUUCUAUCUGAAAAAUUACGUGAUGCCCUUGAAAUUGCAGUCGAUCAAGGAGAUGAGGAUUUGCUAACUGUGAACGUUGGUAAAAUCCUCCUGGAGUGCUCGGGUAUGCUGACGGCAUUCCAGUCGUACUGCGUGAAGCAAGCAGGCGCAGCUCUCCUCUUGGCUGGCCUCGAGAAGGAGAAGGAACUACUGAGGAUAUUCUUGCGCGUCUCCCAGAUGGAAAACACCGUCUUGAGGCGAAUGAACCUGAACUCAUUUCUCAUGGUGCCAGUACAACGCGUGACAAAAUAUCCCCUCCUUCUUUCGCGGCUGUAUCGAGCCACAGCGGGUUGCGCAACCGAGCGGGACGACGUCAAAGCAGCCCAGCGCUGCGUCGAAUCCCGACUCGAGGAGAUCAACUCCGCUGCUGCAGCGGCUGCAGCUGCUGCAAGAGACGUGCCGCUGUGGCGCCGCCUAGCGGUCGCCAGACGAACCGCUCAUGAUUUACAUGUAGCUGAUAUCAGGCUGAGGAAGAUGGCUGUCGACGUUUUGGACUGGAAUCAUGAUGAUGCCAGGUUCGCAAUGGAAGGCAAACUGCUGUUCACCCAGCCUAACGACAACAAUUGGAGGAAAGGGCGCACUAUAAAGCUGACUCCUAUAAAUGCCCUUUUGGUAACUAAUGGAAAGCCAACGACCACCCACAAAACGAACGAGAUUCGCGAAACGCGCGAAGCGAGAGACCGAGAGGCGAGGGAAAGAGAGGGAGAAGCGUUGUUCGCGCGGAGUGGAGUGAGAGAGGCUGCUCUGCUCCUCGUGCGAGAGAAGGCUGGAAGAUACACGUUGCAGAGGGAGCCACUGUUCUUGGAUAGAUGCGUGGUUGCUGCUGAUCACGAGCCAGAGCAUUUCUUCGAAGUUCACGAGAUCACGACAAAAGAUUCUUAUAUAUUUAAGUCGGAAGAGAACGCCAGAACCAGGACUUGGUACCGUCAGCUUCAGUACCACGCGCAGGGCGCCGGUGCCUGGCGGAAACGUCGGAACGCGCUUGCAAACAUCAUGAUAAACCCCAUGCUGACCAGGAAUUGAUCAGGCUUAAGAGCUCAUAGCUUUGAUGCGACGAUGCCACUGGACCUUCAUAAUUCGAACUUGUACUUGUACUUGGACCAACAAUUUGGAUCUUCCAUCAAAAAUCAUCGAAACUUGAUCUUGUCUACAUUGUGUCUAAUUUUGAAACCCCAAUGGGCAAUAGAUUUUUUGAAAGGUCUAGGUAUAUAGAUAUAAAUACAUUAGUUAGGUCGAUUGAAUUUGUAAAUCUGUAUCUAUUAGACUUUUUCAAUAUCAAUGAAACCUGGGAUGAUGGUUAAUAUAUUUAUGAUUUAAAUGAAGUUAAAAAUAUAUUUUUACCUAACAAAAAGGUAUUGAAAGUAUUUGGUAUUUAUUAGAAAGUAUUUGGAAAAAAAAAAAUACAAGUUUAAGAAUGCAUUUUGUAAGGUAAUACAUAUAUCUUCGUAAUAAAUAUGUUGUAUAAUAGUAUAACCUCAGCUUUAGACGAAUGCAAAUUUUGACACGGGUGUGGUGAAAAUUUCUAGGUAUUUCCAAACGCCGCCGGCUGGUAACAACUGUUGUUCAUUAUAAUAAUAAAUAUGAGAUGGAACCGAGCAUAACGUAGCCAUGUCAAACAAGAUACAUUUUCCAAAUUUUAAAAAUAAAAACGUAUAGACUAUAAAUAAAUGACUGUGAGAAUACAGACGACAUUGGGACAAAAGCGUUUCAAUUUAUACUUAUUCACUAUAUUUUUUAAUUACUUUUUCUAAUUAUACUUUAUCAAUAAAUAAAAAAAAACAUACAAAA